CAGUGGGCUGCUACUGGCUGUAAGUAGGAGACAGCUCGCUACAAAGAGAAGGUAAUCCCCACAUAUAUAUAUAUAUAUAUAUAUAGCUCACCCUCGCCCUCUCACUCUCUCUAUACAUAUGUCCAUCACUUCUCACUCUCUCUACAGAGUGAUAGUAUCAUCUCUGUGUCUUUUUGCCACUUCCCCGCAUUUUUCCUAUAUCCUGAAACAAUGGGCUAUGGCCGGCUGGAAAGCACCGAAGCCGGAUCUUCGCAGCCGGAUCAACUAGGCGGCGAGUCAAGGCCGAGGCUGAGCAGCAAAAGGCAGGCGGUGAAGCUGAUUCUGGUCCUGUCGGCGUUCUUGAUCGUGGUCUCUGCCGUGUCAUUCUCUCUCGUGGUCGGGCUCCGGACCAGAGCCUCUGAGCCGGGGCUGCGCCGCCGGGCCACCUUAGCCAUAUCCCGGACGUGCAGCCGGACCCAGUACCCGGAUCUCUGUGUCGAGUCUCUGCUGGACUUCCCCGGCUCUCUCUCCGCCAGCGAGCGCGACCUCGUCCACAUCUCCGUCAACAUGACGCUCCAGCGCUUCGACAAGGCGCUCUACGUUUCGUCGGCGAUCAGCAACCUCGCCAUGGACGCCCACGUGCGCUCGGCGUACGAGGACUGCCUCGAGCUGCUCGAGGAUUCCGUCGACCAGCUCUCAAGAUCGCUCGCCUCUGUCGCCGGCGGGUCGACUCAGGACGUGUUGACCUGGCUCAGCGCCGCCCUCACCAACCACGACACUUGCACCGACGGCCUGGCCGAGGUGAGUGGAUACGUGAAAGAUCAUGUGGGGGAGAGGCUGAGGGACUUGUCGGAGCUCGUGAGCAACUGCCUGGCAAUAUACGCUGCGGCGGCCGGCGACGAAGAUUUCUCCGGGAUCCCAAUUCAGAACCGGCGGAGGCUGAUGGAGUCCGACGAAGAAAUCAGUGAGUUUCCCGCGUGGUUGAGCCGGAGGGACAGGAGGCUGCUGCAAAUGCCGGCGACGGGAGUGCAGGCGGACAUAGUGGUGUCGCCAGACGGCAACGGGACCUGCAAGACGAUAUCGGAGGCGAUCAAGAAGGCGCCGGAGCACAGUACUCGCCGGAUCAUAAUCUACGUCAAGGCAGGAAGGUACGAAGAGAAGGUUUUGAAGGUGGGGAGGAAGAAGACGAACUUGAUGUUCAUAGGAGACGGCAAGGGUAAAACCGUCAUUUCGGGUGGGAAAAGCGUGGCUGAUAACUUGACGACAUUCCACACCGCGUCAUUCGCGGCCACCGGGAUCGGUUUCAUUGCCCGGGACAUAACAUUCGAGAAUUGGGCGGGGCCGGCGAAGCACCAGGCGGUGGCGCUCCGCGUCGGCGCCGACCACGCCGUGGUCUACCGCUGCAACAUCAUCGGCUACCAAGACACUCUCUACGUCCACUCACAGCGCCAGUUCUUCCGCGAGUGCGACAUCUACGGCACCGUCGACUUCAUCUUUGGCAACGCCGCCGUCGUCUUCCAGAACUGCAGCAUCUACGCCCGGAAACCAAUGCCCUUCCAGAAGAACACCGUCACCGCCCAAAACCGCAAGGACCCCAACCAGAACACCGGCAUUUCGAUCCACGCCUCCCGAAUCCUCGCCACGCAGGACUUGCAGGCCUCCAGGGGCAACUUCACCUCAUACCUCGGCCGGCCGUGGAAGCUCUUCUCCCGGACGGUGAUCAUGCAAUCGUUCAUCGGCGACCACGUCCACCCUCGAGGGUGGCUGGAAUGGAACACCACCUUCGCUCUCGACACCUUAUACUACGGCGAGUACAUGAACUCAGGUCCCGGGUCAGCCCUCGGGCAGCGGGUCAAGUGGCCAGGUUAUCGGGUCAUCAAUUCCACGGCGGAGGCAGGGAAGUUCACGGUAGGACAGUUUAUUUUCGGCUCCAGUUGGUUGCCGGCCACCGGAGUGGCGUUCUUGGCCGGGCUCUCGGUUUAAGAAGACGACGACGGAGAAGAAUUAAUUAAUCUAAUAAUAAUAAGAAUAAUCCGUUUAUUAUAAUUUAUAUUUACUUUAAAUAAUGUAAUAAUAAUAAUGAUUAUAAUAUGUGGUCAUCAUAUAUCUUCUUUUAAUGUUUGGAAUUGGGUGUACCGGCCAGCAGGAAGGACAGCUACAUGGUGUGUCUUGGAUUUGUCAGUCUUGUUGUAAUAUUGUGAAAUUUGUAACUAUAAUUGUACAUAAUAUAUUCUACGUUUCUAGGGACUA